GUCCUAGGAUCUAGGCGGCUGUUCUGAAGUGUCUAUCAACAUCCAUAAAGUCUGAAACCGCCAUGGCGCCGAUACCAGACUUACAUUCUGAACAAAUCCAUCCUGAGGUCCAAGUCGACCGAGGAUUGGAUGCAAACGCGGUGGUCAUCUCUGGAAUAUCUGCCGCCAUGCCCAACAGCCAUAAUAUGCUGGAGUUUGCUGAUCAACUCUAUGAUAAGAAAAACUUCCUGCACAUUUCUAGUCCUCGUUGGAAGUUCAAGAAGCCAGAAGUGACCAACCACCACGGUAUCAUUCCUGAGUUGGACCGCUUCGAUGCCCAAUUCUUCAUGAUCUUCCACAAGCUCAGUAUCAGCAUGGAUCCGCUAACCAGGAAACUCCUCGAGCAUUCAUACCAGGCUGUUUUUGAUGCCGGUAUUUGCCCGACUGAACUAUCCGGGAAGCGAGUGGCAGUGUUUGUGUCGACUGGCGUGAGCGAGGCUGAGACGACUGCGCAAUCAACUGACAAUCAUUUUGGACUCUUAGGAUGCAACAAAGCAAUGUGUGCCAAUCGUAUCUCCUACUACUUAAACCUGCGUGGUCCAUCUGUCUUGGUAGAUUGCGACUCUGCAGGCUCAGCAGUAGCGUUGCACAGGGCAUACAAUUCUAUAUUGAAUGGAGAGUGUGAGGCUGCCAUCGUGGGCGGUGUACAACUGCUUCAACAACCUCAAACUCCUUUAAAUUAUCACAAAAUGGUGCCUGUAUGUGCGGAUGGUAACGUGAAAAGCUAUGAUAUGAACGCUGAUGGUCAUUCGCUAUCUGAGGGAGUCAGUGUUAUCUAUCUACAGAAACACAAAGAUGCCAAGAGGGUGUACGCUUCCAUUCGCCACAUAGACUGCGGAUUCUCCGAAAUCGGAGUUUAUCGCGAUCCUGAGAUGCUAACGAAUUUUUUCCGAAAAUUCUAUCAAGAUGCUAAAGUAUCUCCUUCAGAAGUAGAAUACGUUGAAGGAUUUGGGAAUGCUGUCCUAGAUGCUGACAAAGCGGAACUGGAUGCCAUUGAUGAAGUUUUCUGCAAAGAUCGUACAAACACAUUAGCCGUUGGCAGCGUAUUGUCCAACGUUGGAUACACGCACGCCGUGUCGGCCUUGACUGCUAUAGUUAAGUUGUGCCUAGCAUACCAGCGAGGCUCGAUAGCUGCCAAUAUCAACUGCUCCAACCCCCGCAUGGACGUGGCCGGUAUCGCGGAGGGCCGCCUGCGCAUCCUUACAGAACACGCGCCCUUCCAACGGACAUUCACUGCUAUCAACAAUAUGUCCAUUUCUGGCGCUCAUGCUCACAUCCUACUGCAAGGAGAAUACUCCCCAAAGAAUGUUUCUCAAUACCACACGGCCAUGCCGCAUCUAGUGCUGGCUUCAGGGCGACGGGAAUCAGGAGUCGAGAAGAUCUUGAACGAUUUCAAAAGUCGCCCCAUCGAUCCUGAGGAAGUUGCUCUGGUACACAGUAUCUUCCGUAUGAAGAUUACCAAGCAUUUAGCGCGAGGAUAUGGUGUUUAUUCUAUGAACGAAGAAAAUAACGAAACCAAAGUGUUGGCUCAGAAAGCGGAGUACUAUGACGAGCGCAAACGCCCGCUGUGGUUCGUGUACAGCGGGAUGGGCUCGCAAUGGGCAGGCAUGGGCACGCAACUCAUGCGCAUACCCAUCUUCGCUGCCGCUAUUGAAAGGUGUCACAAAGUAUUGCAACCCAAAGGAAUAGAUAUCGUCAAUGUCAUAACGUCUACUGACAAAACUACAUUCGAUAAUAUUUUGAAUUCGUUUGUUGGUAUAGCAGCUGUUCAGAUUGGACUGACCGAUGUUCUGAAGGCUAUUGGUUUAGUUCCAGACAACAUAAUAGGUCACAGUGUGGGAGAGUUAGGUUGCGCGUAUGCAGACGGAUGUCUGACUGCUGAGGAGAUGAUCCUGAUGGCGUACAGCCGUGGUCUGGUAUCCGUGCAGACACCCUUCAUCAGAGGGUCCAUGGCUGCUGUCGGGGUUGGAUUUAAACAGAUUUCGAAAAUGGUUCCACCUGAAAUAGAAGUUGCUUGUCACAACGGUCCCGAGUCCAGUACUAUAUCAGGCCCUGCUGAAGCUAUGAAGACAUUUGUGGCGACUUUGACAGAACAGAAUAUCUUCGCUAAGGAAGUACCUUGCUCCAACAUCGCAUAUCAUUCACGAUACAUCGCUGAGGCUGGACCGGCUUUGCUAAGUCUUCUAAAAAGUGUAGUAAAAGAACCAAAGGCUCGUAGUGAAAAAUGGAUGUCUACUUCCAUACCUCAAGAUAAUUGGGAAGAACCACUCGCGAAAUAUUCAUCAGCAGAAUAUCACACCAACAAUCUCUUGAGUCCAGUACUAUUCGAAGAGACACUGCGUCUUGUGCCAUCGAACGCGGUGCUGGUUGAGAUCGCGCCACACGGACUACUGCAGGCUAUCCUCAAGCGCUCCCUACCGGAGUCCUGCCGGAAUAUCGCACUGACGCGUAGGGGACAUGCCGAUAACGCCUUCCUAGUGCUCGAUGCUAUCGGCAAUCUCUACAUGGAAGGCUACGAUAUGGAUGUGAGCGCUCUGUAUCCAAAAAUCAACUACCCUGUGUCGACUGAGACACGACCUCUGGCUCAAUUGGUAGAAUGGGUGAAAGACGAAAAAAUGCAAAUAUGUCAUUUCUUGAACUUGCAAGGCACAAAGGUUGCCAUGUACAACACAGUCAUAUCUAAAUACGACGAAGAACAUGAAUAUUUGUCAGGAAAUGUCGUCGAUGGUAAAAGAGUGUUCCCAUUCACCGGGGCAUUGAUUAUGGCAUGGGAUACUUUAGCGAUGACAUUGGGUCAACCACGAAGACUAUUGUCAGUGAAAUUCAGGGAUGUCAAUUUCCAAACGCAACCAUUGUUGACGGACGAUAGAGCACUGCAUAUCAGUACUAUGUUACACAGGGGCAAUGGACGCUUUGAGGUAUCUUAUGAAUUCGGCGUUAUAGCCGCUGGUUUCAUAAAUGUAGUGGAGGUCGCUCCGGAAGAACCAAAAGAUAUAGUUAUGGAUGACGAUAUCUCAACUACUGUCUUAACCAAAGAUGAUGUGUACAAGCUUCUCUAUGAAAGAGGUUAUCAAUACUCUAACGAUUUCCAGAGCAUCGAAAGUUCUAAUAUGUCCUUCAGUCGCGCUCAAUUAGCCUGGAAGAAUAACUGGGUAACAUUCCUUGACGGAAUUGUACAACUGAAUAUCCUCAAAAGAGAACACAAAGAAAUUUCACAAAUUCAUCACAUUAAUAGCCUAUAUAUCAAUAUCGAGGAACAAAAGAAAUAUAACGAUGGUUCUAACAUUGAUGUUAGAACUUCUGAAGUAUUUAAAAUAAUCAAGUGUGGAGGCGUUACCGUACAGCACGAUAUAUUAUUCAAAGAUAAAUCCUCGGUGUUACGAAAUUUAGCCAGUUUAAAGGAACUUAAAUUUGUAUCCUUCAAUGAAACUGAAACUGUAGAUGUACUCACAUAUUUAUAUGUUUACAUCCAGAUUAUAGUUGAAAAUCUUAACAAAAAUGUUCUUAACGUUUUAUGUAUAAAUGGCUCAGAUAAAUCGUGUCUGUUGAAAGAAAUUGAAAGUUAUUUGGAUAGUCCUCCUAAAAUUCAAUUGAAUAUUGUUUCGGUUUCAAAGGAUGAAAUUCUCCAAGUUGGGGAACAACAAUUUGAUUUAAUAUUUCUUAAUGACGUUACUUUGGAUAAUAAGGAUAUGAAAGCUCUCUACGACGUGGCUGUAAGCAAUACUUUCAUGAUGAAGUUGAACAAACACACUGAAACAAUAUUCCCAACUACUUUCUAUCGCAAAGUUUGUUCUGUAGUUGGAAAAGGAAACGAACAUCUGGAAUUAGCUAAGUGGAAACCAUCAAAUGUUUCGCCUAUAAAAGCAGCUAUAACUAUCAGAAAUAGCUCAGACCUGGACCACUUUAAAACAACUUGUGAACAUUUACUAGGAAGAAAGGACAAACUACUUAUUUUAACUUCAUACCCAGCACCUAAAGGUCUGAAAGAAUUCGUAAAGGAAUGGAAUGCCAAAUUUAAUACCUACAACAUUUUCUUAGUAAUGGCAAAUAAGGUAGUAGAAGAAGACAUUAUGAAUAUACCUAGUGUCGAUCUGGUUCUUAACAUUUUGGAUAAUGAAGGAGCAUGGGGUGGAGAGUACUAUGUUCCAUUGCAAGAUAAGGAAACUUCUGGAAACACUGUGGCUCUUGAAAUUACAAAAUUCGGCAACUUGAACUCUUUACAGUGGAUUGAUGAGCCUUUUAUACCUAAAGAAGGUAUUCCGGUCAAGGUGCAGUACGCUGGAUUGAACAUCAUCGAUGUAAAACGAGCUAUGAAUGUACUUAUUGAUAAUCAAAAAAGUAGAAGGUUCGGUAUGGAUUUCAGUGGUGUUACUGAAAGAGGCGAACGCGUUAUGGGCGUGAUCAAAGAAGGGGCAAUUUGUGGAAAAGUCCACGCUAACCCUGAACUGCUGUGGCCAGUUCCAGACCACUGGAGUAUGGAGGAGGCUGCCACUGUACCCUUGGCUUACUGCCUUGCCUUUUACAUCUUGAACAUCCGAUACAAUGGAAGAGUUGGUACACGGAUAUCAAACAAUAAUGUUUUUAUCCACGGUGGCGCAGGCGCACUGGGUCAGGCAGUAAUAUCAAUCUGUUUGGCGAAUAAACUCAACGUCUUCACCACUGUUAGCGACAUACAUAAGAAGAGAUUCUUACUCAAAAUAUUCCCAACUUUGCCAGCGGAAAAUAUUGGUAGCUCUCGGGAUAUUUCCUUCAAGGAUAUGGUGACGAAGAGGACUCAAGGAGAGAAUUGCCUUAUUGUCAUCAUGAAUAAUAUUUCUUCCAGUGAUCUCAGACAAGCAACCUUAAACUGUACCGCAGCGUUGGGUGUUGCUUUAGACAUUGCAUCCUCCACCCGCCAAGAUAACUUCGAAUUUGGAAUGAACAAUCUAACGAACGACCGAUUUUAUUACACAGUCGACUUCUCAACAAUAUUCAAUAACAUGAAUGUAGAAGAAAUUAAGACUCUUCAGCUGCUGGUUGCUGGUGGCAUCAGGCAAGGCUUCGUUCGUCCUCUAUCUCGCGUCACAUACUCGCCACAAGACAUGCCUCGGGCGUUCCGCUUGUUGGCAGCCAGCCGCCACCGCGGUCGAGUGCUCGUAGACCUGCGUCACUCUGUGCCGAUAACACACUCAAGACCGGAAUACUCAUCAGAUUAUUCUCACUUAAUCUUUUGCGAUAAAUCGGAUCUUGGAGUUCAAUUAGCCGACAGGCUAGUGAGCAAUGGAGUUAAGAAGAUUUACAUACACUCCUUCCAUACCUCAACUUAUCUUCAGUUUAAGAUUAUAGGUUGGCAAGAAAUCGGCGUACAAGUCUACGUAUCAUAUGGAAACCUAAAGGAGAAUGAUUCUAUUGACAAAAUACUAAAUGAAUGCAAUGGAUUAGCUCCUAUUGAGGGUAUUUAUAUCAUAAACAUAGAUGCUACCAACGCCAGACCUGCUGACGAUCUGAAAAAUUUGGUAUCCCAUUUGGAUGUGGCAACUAGACAGUUAUGUCCAUCGCUUCGGAAUUUUGCAAUUAUUAACGAAAAUUAUUUGGAUCGUGAAGUAUGCCUCAACAGGGUUCAAGAUGGUUUUCCUGUAGUAUCUAUGGAAUUGCAUAACUUUGAAAAGUUUAGUGACGUUAGCUUAAAUAAUCGUGGUGAUAUCGACCACAAUAUAUUAAGACUGCCCAGUGCAUUGGACGGCAUCGAAAAAGCUCUGUCUUCCAAGAAACCUAUCAUAUUAACAUAUGCAAAACCUAUGGAAAAGAACUUCUUGGUUGACGUGGAAAGACUUUUAGGAGUAAAUUUAACAGACACCAAUAAUGACAAUACUUCUUUGGAACAACUCGGUCUAGACGGAGGGAAAGCUCAAGAAUUAAGUAAUAUUAUAGAAGAAAAGUACAAUGUUACAAUAUCUAAAGAAGAUUAUCUUCUAAUGACUCUAGCUGAGUUGAAAACACUGCAAGAACAAUUAUUGAAUAGGAAACAAGAUUUGAAGGGACUCAGUUCAUACAUCAACUUCGUUGAUGAUGACGAGCUUAUAUCCAGUAACGAGAUCGUACCGAAAUCAACAUUAGUACAUACGUCGGACUUGUGUGCAGUCGCAUUUGAGAACGAACUAACCUACCUCUGCAUAGUGCCUGGUAUAGAAGGACAUCAUCGUAGAUUCGACACACUUUGCGAAAGGCUUAAACUACCCGCAUUAGUCCUACAACCAGGAAUUGAUAUGUUAGACGAAACCAUUGAAGAAAUGGCGCAACGUGUUGUUGAUGGAAUGUUGAAAAGGCUGAUCUUAAAAGACACUUUCUAUCUGCUGGGCUACGAAAUUGGCGUGCUUGUUGCUCUUGAAAUGGCUAUGAUAUUAGAAAAGCGCGGUCUCACUGGGGUCGUAUAUUGCCUGGGAGGAGGGCCUGAAGACAUCUGCGCGACAAUGGAAGCGCAGUUUGGAAAUAUCGCUUUAGAAGAAUUGCAAAAUCAAUUAAUUCUGCACAUGUAUAGUACGAUAGUACAAAGUAAAUCUGAUGAAUUACAAACAAGAAUAAAAGAACUUGGGGAUUGGGAAGCAAAAGUAGAUGAGUGCAUUCUAUUGAUAAGAAACCGUAGUUCGCGUUCCAUAGACUAUAUUCGUGCAGUCAUUAAUUCAACCUAUAGACGAGUUCUGAUUGCCCGCGACUACGUGUGGAAGCAACCUAAACUGAGUUCAAAGAUUGUCGUUAUAAAAGCUAAAUCUGAAACUGAGUCAUCAAGUGAUAGCUCGCUUGAAAAUGUACACCAAUUGGAUUCAACUCUGCCACUCGUUCCAGAGGAUCUCAAGUGCUCUGCCAUUGUUAACAAAUAUUUAGACGCGAAAAUUUUAGAAGACUAUUACAGUCAAAAUCUUUGUGAAUCAUCUAAAAUCGAGACACUCGAUAAAGUACAAUUUGCUGAAACAGAAGAUUAAUUUAUAUUUAUUAUUUAGCAUAAAUUUUGCCGUUUGUAAUACUCAAAUUAUAAUUUGUAAUGGUUUUGGUGUAAGUUAGGUACUUUGUUGUUUGUUUAAUUUAAAUAUUUUUUUAUUAAAAUAUAACGCAGUUUUCGUGAUAAGCUUGAAUUUUAUUCAUAAUUGUCCGCAAAUUUUAUCAACACUCAUCAUCUCCCUAGCAUUAUCCCGUUUCUCAAAGGAUCCGCUUACCUAACCUGAAGAUUUGACAGGUCCGGUUUAAAUAUCAACUAAUUUUGAUAAAGAUCCCAUACUGCCCCAUCCC